GCCUCGCCGACGUCUGUUCCAUUUCAGCGACGGGAGCAGCCCAAAGCGUUUAAGCUGCUGUUUGUUGUUGUUGUUGUUGUUUUUUUCACCAAUGGAAAUUUAAAGCAACAACAAAAAAAUCUUCUAGUGUUGUUGAUUGUACGCAGGACAACGCGAGAUCGCCGUGGGGCCUGGUUUACAGACGAGCCAAUCGUAGAUGUUCUUACUCCAUCUUUAAUUGAAUGGAAUGCAAAUACUCGGCUGUGGUGCCCCAGUGCUCGCCGCGAAUCUAGAUAAUGGGCUGUGUACAAUGUAAGGACAAAGAAGCAACCAAACUGACAGAUGAGAGAGAGACGAGUGUUUCCCAGCAUGCUGGGUACCGCUAUGGGGCCAACCCGACACCCCAACACUACCCCAGCUUUGGGGUCACCGCCAUCCCUAACUACAACAACUUCCACGCGCCGGUCAGUCAAGGGACUGUGGCGGUAUUCGGAGGAGUGAACAGCUCGUCACACUCGGGAACUCUGCGAUCACGUGGUGGAACAGGAGUUACACUCUUUGUAGCACUUUACGAUUACGAGGCAAGGACGGAGGAUGAUCUCAGUUUUAGGAAAGGAGAGAAAUUCCAAAUUCUCAACAGCACGGAAGGAGACUGGUGGGAGGCUCGCUCCCUCACUACAGGUGGAACAGGAUACAUACCCAGCAAUUACGUGGCUCCAGUAGAUUCAAUCCAGGCCGAAGACUGGUACUUUGGAAAACUCGGCCGUAAGGAUGCAGAGAGGCAGCUGCUGUCUAACGGAAACCCUCGGGGGACUUUUCUCAUCAGGGAAAGUGAAACCACUAAAGGAGCAUAUUCCUUAUCCAUACAAGACUGGGAUGAUGUUAAAGGUGAUCACGUGAAACACUAUAAGAUCCGUAAACUUGACAACGGGGGCUACUACAUCACAACCCGUGCUCAGUUUGAGACUUUGCAGCAGCUUGUUCACCAUUAUUCUGCGAGGGCUGCGGGGUUGUGCUGUCGAUUGAUAGUCCCCUGCCACAAAGGCAUGCCUCGCCUUGCCGAUCUGUCCGUCAAAACCAAAGACGUGUGGGAAAUCCCCCGAGAGUCGCUUCAGCUCAUCAAGCGCUUGGGGAACGGCCAGUUCGGAGAGGUCUGGAUGGGUACAUGGAAUGGCACCACGAAAGUGGCUGUGAAGACCUUGAAACCAGGCACCAUGUCCCCUGAGUCUUUCCUGGAGGAAGCUCAGAUAAUGAAGAAACUGAGACAUGACAAGCUAGUGCAGCUAUACGCUGUCGUCUCUGAAGAGCCUAUUUACAUCGUCACAGAGUAUAUGGGCAAAGGGAGCUUGCUGGACUUUUUGAAGGACGGUGAAGGACGGAGCCUUAAAUUGCCAAACCUCGUAGACAUGGCAGCCCAGGUGGCUGCAGGCAUGGCGUACAUCGAGAGAAUGAACUACAUCCACAGAGAUCUGAGAUCAGCCAACAUCCUCGUGGGCGACAGUUUAGUAUGCAAGAUCGCGGACUUUGGCCUUGCCAGACUGAUAGAGGAUAACGAAUACACAGCUAGACAAGGUGCCAAGUUCCCGAUUAAAUGGACGGCCCCCGAAGCCGCGCUUUACGGACGGUUUACCAUUAAAUCCGACGUGUGGUCAUUCGGAAUACUGCUGACAGAGUUGGUGACCAAAGGACGUGUGCCAUAUCCAGGGAUGAAUAAUCGGGAGGUGUUAGAGCAAGUGGAGCGUGGAUACAGGAUGCCGUGCCCUCAGGACUGUCCGAUCUCUCUGCAUGAGCUCAUGCUGCAGUGCUGGAAGCGAGAUCCUGAGGAGAGACCAACGUUCGAGUACCUGCAGGCGUUUUUGGAGGACUACUUCACUGCCACGGAGCCCCAGUACCAACCGGGAGACAACCUCUAAGAUGAAACAAACAAGAGGCUCAACAGCUAAAGCGACUGGAUUUGUGCUUUAAUCUUGCAGAUUAGAUUAGAACACAAGUCCAGUCACUUUGACUUAUAAAUACUAUUAGAAAAAUAAAUGCUUAAAGAAAAUCAAAUAAAAAAAAAAAAAAAAAAAAAAUCACCUGGACGACUGAAAAACCUCCGUAGAACUCGUGAGCCAGGGGAAAACGCAUCGCUACGAUACAACACAAACUGACCUGAACAAGAUCCGAUGCACGUACGACGAUUAAAGCUUCCAGAAUUCUUUGCCAUUUCAAUCCAGUAUUCGACUCGUUACUCAUCUUCCAUUAAAAGGACGUGCCACAUUAAAUGUGUUCUUUAAAAGCCGAACCAUAUUUUUUGGGGACGUCAUGCGAGUGUUUAAAAAAAAAAAAAAAAAAAAAGAACGAAGGAUAACGGAUGGCCUGUUUGUAUGUAGUGUAAAUAUGAUGUGGUUACUUACCCCCGUUUUAGGCUUUAUUACUUUUUAUAAUGCUUUUUAUUUGAUUUGGUUUAAAUUUUUGAUUGUCAUUGCUCAGAGAAACAGCAUGAACGUCGAGGCUGAAACAAGACGACAAACUCCGGCCUCUUUACAAAAAAAAAAACGAACAAAAAAAAACAAAAAACAUCCAGGACUCUUUUCAUAUUUAUUCCAGUAAUGACGUUCCCUAUUUUUUUUUUUUUUUUUUGAGAGAUCAUGUCGCACUAGCUAGCUCUCCUGACACUAAACAUUGCGACUUUUUCACUAGGAAAAACGGUUGUGUGCACACAGGUGACUCUACUCAGCUUUUUUUUUUUUUUUAGCUCCCACUUUUAGCAAAAGCUCAGUGUCUCCAUAUUUUUAUUUUUAAUUUUUUUCUUGCUAGUGCAUUUUCUAUUUAGUCACAUUGAAUUAACGAUAGAAGAAUUAUGCAUCGAUAUAGUAAUCAGGCUGUGUGGGCAUUAAUGCUUGACUAUACCUGCAUCUCUCUCUAGCAAAGAUGAUCAAAUAAAAUUAAUGGCUAACAUCACUGUUUGUAAGAGGCUUAAAAGCAAAGCGUUUAAAUGCAUUUCAAUGUGCUAUAAUUUUAACAUAACUAAAUAAACUAGGGGGGGGGGGGAUAUUUAUAUUAAUAAAUCACUGAGCUUGUCUAGCUUCUUUCUGGCCCUGAGUUCUGUCCUUGAUAUCAAACGAUAUUAAAAGGUCACGUCUGGACCGCAUUUAACCUCAAGCAGUACGUUAAAACGUCACAGCCCUCGUCUUUCAGGCAGACUUAGCAGGGCCGUUUUCACCUCGUCUCCAUUCCAGCUUUCACUUGAAUAUCUAGUGAAGGUUUUUCUAUAGAAUAGUGCGCGCUAUAGUAAGCCGUAUGAAACACGGGCAACGACCUCAUGAUUUUUACCCGUUUUUUCCUCUUUUUUUUUUUUUUUUUUUUUAAGUCAUCCAUUUGGAUUAAUUCAUAGAUAUUGUGUUUUUAUUUAAUUGUUCUCUUUAGUUUGUUUCAUUUAUGCACAAACAUUUGUAGAAUAAAGACUCGUACCCAAGCCCA